AUGGUGGAGGAGGCAAGGGAGAAGGGAGUAGAGGCGACCCCAGAAAGGGUGGUUCUCCCAGACGUGCAAGGGGACAAAGGUCAAGGGGGCCAGGAGGAAGAAGAUCACCUGAGUGCCGUGCCCAAGGUGUUAGUGGAGAGUGGGUCAGCUGGUCCUGUAGAGGGAGUGGAGCAACAAUCCAGGGGGGGGGCUCUGCUGAGAAAGGCGGAGGCUGCGAAGGCCAAGUUAGAAAAGGCGAAGGCCCAGCUUGUAAGUUUCAAGAAGGAGAGUGCAGGCUGGAAGAAAGCUGUGCGAAGCGCGUAUGCCAGGGGUUGGGAGGAGGCUGAGAAGGCGAAAAAGAUAGGGGUGUUGGCGGUAGUGCAGAAGAAUGUUGUCGAUCGCACCCACUCUGAGCUGCGAGCGGUCAAGUUGGAGCUGGAGGAUAAACGCUGUAGAGUGGUGUCGCUUGAGUUCCAGCUAGCUGGCGAGCGGAAGAAGGUGAAAGAGGAGCAGAAAGCCUGCACCAUCGCCAACGAGCGGUGGGAUGAAGCAAUGGUUAGCAACGAAGAGCUUCGUGCUCAGUCAAUCAAAGAGAAAGAAGAGUUAGAUCACAAGAUUGCUGAGUUGGAGCGAGAUCUUGCAGACGAGUGCGCUAAGGCUGCGGCAGAAAAGGCAGCGCUGGAGAAGGAGUUGGCAGAUGAGCGUGCUAAGGCGGUGGCAGAGAAGGUUAGGUUGGAGAAGGAGUUGGAGGAAGAAAAGACCAAAGUAGCGUCUGAAAGGGCAGCAUAUACUGACUUACGCGUCGCAACAGUAGAGCAAUUCAAAGGGUCUCUUGACUUCCAGAUGGCGAUUGAUGCUGCGAUCACCAAUAACCUGGCAAGGGAGGCGUCUGGAGGGGUUGGUCCGUUGGGGGCAACUGUUGGGAGCAGGAGUGAAGAAGAAAUGUUCAAACGCAAAGCAGAAGAGCUGUUCCCAGGCUUGGACUUCAGCAGUGUGCGAAUUGACGAAGACGACGUGGCCCAGACCCCCUUGGAUGAAGGUGUGGAAGAAGAAGACCUCAUUUCAAGUGAGGAAGAAUAA